CCACACGUCCUUUAAAUAUAGCGAAGAUGAAGCUAACCUGGAUCACCACCCUCGUCACCACCCUCACCAUCACCACGGCAUAUGACCCCUACACCCCCGGGCCGCACCCUACCAAGCACACACACAUAUCUGCCUUAGUGACCACAGGGCUGCAGGAGGAACUGGAUAUCUGGACCCCAACUGACCCCGGACUAUACCCAACCCUAUACCUGAUUGAUGGCUUCGGAGGCUUUAUACCUGCUAAUGCUUAUAAUGAUCUGAGCCACCACAUCGCCUCUCACGGGUUCUCGGUGGUGGCGCCCUGGAGCAUCACUCUACCUCUUAACCCAGUGGACAAGGUUCCUAUCUUCGACUCCGUCCUUACCUGGGCCGAGGAACACCUGGAGGAGAAGCUACACGCGAAGGGACUGGACGAGGGAGUGCAUCUGGACCUCAAUAAUACCGUUUUAAGCGGGCACUCUGCGGGGGCUCACGUCAUGGUGGAGUACUUCAAGAUAGGCUGCGGCAACAUAAGAGCCCAGGUGCUUUUCUCCCCCGUGGACGGCGUGGACCCCAUCGGCCUCAUCCCGGAGUUCUGCAUCACCCCGGGGGAGUAUUUGAACUUCGGCCUCCCCACCCUGCACCUCAUGGUCGGCUUUGAUAAUGUCCCAGCGCCAUCUGGAUUCCCUUGCGCCCCUGACGAUCUUUGCAACUGA